GAGACAUGGCUGCUGCUGGAGUAUUGCGACAUGGGCUCUCUCAUGGACGCUAUAAACAAGACCUGGUUCAGGUCCUGCUCCAAGGGACCGGCGAAUAUGCGCAUGGUGCUUGUGACGGCGCAUGAGAUGACGGCCGGCCUCUCAUUCCUGCACUCUCAGGGCCUUGUGCACGGCGAUUUGUCAUCUGGCAACGUGCUGCUGGCGUCCUCACCGGAUUCGCCCCACGGCUUCAGCGUGAAGAUUUCGGACUUUGGCCUGUCGAGAAACAUGGACAUCCAGAGCCGCAUCGAGACAAAGACCACCGGCACCGUCAACUACAUGCCGCCCGAAGUUCUGAGCGAUGGCAUUGUCAGCAAGGCGGCUGAUGUGUAUGCGUUCGGGGUGCUGGUGUGGGAGAUUGUAUGUGGAGUGAGGGCCUGGGAAGGACUGACUCCGCCACAAGUCAUGCUCGCUGUGGCCUGCCAGCACAAGCAGCUGGCCUUCCCCAACUGGGUUCCCACGGAGAUUGCCAAGCUGUGCCACGAGUGCAUGGAGGCAGAUCCUCAGCAGCGGCCAACCUUCAAAGAACUCGAGCGGCGGCUCGGGAAUCAUCUCGGGAAGCUCCAGGCGACCGACUCCAUGGACCUCAAAAACUUCCGGGCGUUGUCAUGCCCUUAG